AUGGCGGCGGAGAAUCCUACCGUCCAGGUCGUUCACCACCUCGCGGUGACAGCUAUCGCGCGACUCGCUCUCCUCCACGACGAGGCCCACCUCCAACAGACUCCUACAUACCCAAUUCAAGCCGUGCUCCUCGUCCUCGCGAACGCUCUGCCGACAGAUACCGUGGCAGGUCAAGGAGCCCCCGUGGUGGAUUUAGGGGUGGAGACAGCUUCAGAGGCAGUGGUAGACCAGGCUCGCCGCCUCCUCGCACCUUGUCUCCACGUCGCGACGAGUAUCGCGCUCGGGAACCUCACGCCAGGUCGCCUUCGCGCGACGUCGACCGCUACGAGUCACGCUAUGAAGCUCGCCCUGGCAGAGAACGGUCGCCUCUACCUCUGA